GUUGGCACAGGUUUGUUGUGAUAAUUAAACAGUUUCCCGUUUUACUGAAUCCUUUCUACUCUUUUCACAUCUAACCACAACCCGACCCCUUAAAAUGGGUGGCAAACACAAACAAGCCCAACGAAUCAAGAACAAUGCUAGGCCUUCGAGCAGUGGCCGCAGCGCUGAACUUCUAGCUUCGUCGUCCCAAAUACCCCAGUUUUCCUCGGUGAAAGAGAUCCGAUUCGUUCCACCCACGUUGUCUCUGAUGAAGACGGAGGAGUUUGAUUCUUCCGUAUCGCCCGCCUUCCAGAUAGUGUUCAAGAAAAUGAACAAAAAGGACUGCACUACGAAGAUUAAAGCGUUGCAGGAGUUUUCUGAUCUUAUUGCGGGGUCUGAGGCUGAAGCGGUUAAGGCGAUUUUGGCGUUUUGGGCUACGUUGUAUAGCAUUUUGGCCACGGAUACGGAUCAUAGAGUUAGAGAGGCCGUGCACAGCGCGCACUAUCAGAUUAUUCUAAAAGACAAAAAAAUUAUAGCUCCUUAUUUGAAACAACUCAUCGGACCUUGGUUUACCUCACAGUACGAUAAUUACCCGCCGGCUGCCACAGCAGCCGCUAAAGCCUUCACUGCCGCUUUUCCGCCAAACAAAAUCCAAGAUUGUGUAGUUUUUUGCCAAAAAGAAAUCCUCACUUACAUUUAUGAUAACCUGACGUCGAAACUCGAAAGCGGUUCAAAGAGUGGCACAAACGAAGACGCGGAGGCUAAAUUCGAGAGAAUUAUUAUAUCCAGCCUUCAAGGCUAUUGUUUAUAUUUAGAUACUUUGACUAAUGAGCAAAUUGAGAAAAGUACCGAACUCAAUAAGCAGAUUAUUAGCAAUUCUAGGUUUCUCAAGUUGGCCACUCACAAAUCGGCUUUUAUUAGAGCCACUUGGUUUAAAGUUCUGGCCGCUUUGUAUUAUAAGGCGCCGUUUUUGCUGAGCGACGAACACAGUCACGUCGUACCUGUUAUUUUUAACAAUUUGGAUGAGAGCGAACCGGCGGUCGUGGGGUUCGUGUGGGAAGCGGCGCUGCUGAUAAUGGAGUUAGGACAGGAAUGGUGGAAACACAUCCAUAUCGACAAAAACUAUAUAUCAAAAUUAAAAAAAGUACUCAGAGAAGGAGGCCAAGGCAACGCGAGCGCCAUCUACCCCAACUUACUCUCGCUUCUCCACAACCUUCCACCCUCGUUACGCGCGGACCAAUUUUACGACAACUUCUUCGAAAAUCUACGUUUCGGGCUAAAGCGCAGGACCGUCUUAAACAGCAAAUCCGAAUCCACGGCGGUCGUCUCGGCCCUCGUCGAAUGCCUACAAUAUGUAAUUCUAAUCAACCAAGACAACACCGACCUGUGCGAGAAACUCAUCAAAUCGCACCUUUUGACUUUGAUCGAGUGGAGCCUGAAAGCGGAACAAGUUUGUUAUCGGACGGUUUUCCAUCACGUGACGUUGUUGCUGCAGUACUGGACCAGAAACAAAGACAGCGUCCAGAAUUACCCCAAGUAUCUGGACCUUUUCUGGACCAGUUUGAUCGACUUGUUGGAGACGAUAUCCACCUGUGAGGACGGUAAUCAAGACCUGGCGGACCGACAAGUCACUUUCAUGCAGCAAUUAAAACACAUCGCCAAGCCGCGCGAACAAAUGAAAGUCAAGUUUUCGAACGAGGGCGAAGUGGGUGACAGCUGUCACGUGACACCCAGUCAAGUGGAUGCGUCGUACAACGCACACUUGACCCGAUUGGCGUACACGAUAAUCAAGUCGUACGUCCGCCAAAUCCAAGAGCACAAAUCCACGUUCCUCCUCCAGAACCUGUUCUCGCUAGUGCGGCUUUUCGAAAGCCGCGAGUUUCUCGCAGGUUUGGCCACAAUCCUAAACGGGGACCAAAAUUUACCCAACAUUUACCACAAUUUGUUGCACACGUGGCUAAAGUCGUCUGACUUGUGUUCGGAAGUCAUAGUCGAGCUGACGUUCAUUCUGACGCAGUACGUCGACGAUGGCGACAAGAGCGCCAUCUUGGCGUCGUUUCUGGAAUUUAGUGAGCAGGAGUCGUUCGGGUGGUGCGUAAAAGGGGCAUUUUCGCACCCCUAUAAUCAAGAUAGUGUGGUACAAAAGUGGAUCAAGAAUAAACAAGUCGGGGAGUUUUUGGUUGCCGCGACUGAUGCCAACUUACGAAUCGAGUGUCCGGCUGAGUUACAAAAUGUGUUCAAGCUGGCCUUCACGGAAAACCGAGACGGAGAAUUUCUCACUGAUAAAGAAACCAUUUCCAAUAUUAUUAACAAAAUCAAACAACCCCUUCUCCACCCUGAAGACUUCUCGACUUCGAUUGACUCAUGCGCACAUCUAGCGUCCUACGUUACCGACAUGAUCUACGCUGAGAACUCGUUGCUCAAAUAUGGCGACGAGCUGCUCCUCGCGCUUUUCCAGUUUUCUUGCGACGACCACACCGACUUGGAAUUCCUCACUGAAGACACCCAAUGGGAGAUCAACACGUCAUGGCAGGACGUCGUCACAGCACUCUCGAAAAGUUUGCCAAAACAAGAACUACUGGAAAUAAUUGGCAAGCUUGCGCAGUUGGUAGAAGCGAAUUUCUUAGACAGGUGUCCCUCUGAAUUGUCUACCAACCGAAUAAUCGCAACCAUAGUCAACGUGAUUAGGGCAGUUUUUAACGGUCAACCCUUGAUAAUCACCGAUGUUUUUAACUUGUUUUUUAAUCGCGCAUUUCUGCCAACUUGGAAGCACAAAAUCGAGGAGUUGUGCAUUCUGGCGGAGUAUUUGAACGGAAAUUUAGCUAAUAGUGGAGGAAGUGUGAGGAAAAGUGGCGAAGUCGAGGAGGAAAACAUUUUGAGAUACUUCGUAUGGGGGUUGAUUAAAGUGGCAGUAGUGUCGUCACCGUUGGAAAAUCGCGACGAAGACGAAGAAGAAGAAAAUGAAGACGUGGAAACCAAAGAGGUUGUUUAUAGCAUAGACGACAACAAGAACUUAGUUGCAGACAUGUUGUAUCUACUUGUGUGCGCCCAGUCGUUUCUGAAGAAUUACAAAAUGAACAAAUAUUACACAACGAUAUCGCAACAGUACGAUCUUUUAAAAACCAAAACUAAGAAACUGGUGGAAAGGGUACAAAUCUGUGACGAGAUUAACAGUGUGCUUGUUGCAAACUCAAACUCAAAUUCGUUUCUUUGGACGAAAACUUUGUACCUCUUCCACCAGGAGCUUUUAUCGAAGUCGCCACAAGAGACGUUCAAGGAGUGCUACAAAGCCGCCACAAACGACUUAAGUAAAAUCCACUUAAGCCAGAUAUACGGACCCCAUAUAGACUUCGACUACGUCGACUUCAGCCCCUCUGUAUUCCACAGCGUCGUCGUGCUGCGCAAUUUAACCCACUGCGACGAAAUCGAAGUCCAAAUUGCCGAAGUUUUCGAAAAAAUCAAAAAACUGCGCAGCGAAAACAUCCCCAGAUUUAUACUAGACACUAAAGACAUGACGUGGAGCGACAUGGAGACCAUUAUCGAAAUAAUCCGCCUUUUUUCCCGACUUAUCAAAGACAAAUUCGAGUGUCUCAGUCGCCAGCACUGGGACUUAGGUGUCAUUUGCCUAUCUUCAUGGGCUUCCAACUGCUUCAAACUUCGCGCUGGUUACGACAGCGAGCAAAUCCAAGCUUUCGUGGUGGCAGUGUGCGACUUUUACGUCAUUCUUAGCCAGAAAAUGGCGGAUUUGAAGGUCAAUAACGUGAAGAACAACUUCGCUGAAGAGUGGGAGGAUUUGUUUUUGCCGGAAAUACACGCAGAGUUGUUGCAAUUGUGGUUGUACUUCGCUGAUCAAUUUGGCGCGAAAAAGCCGCUUUCGGUUGAGUAUGAGGCUUUCGUGCAAGCGUUCGGUAAAGUGAGCGACCAUUUUGUCGCCAAGUUGAUUUUCAGUAAAGAGAAUGUGUUACCGCACUGGAAUAAAAUUGUGAAGCGGUGUGUUAACUUGAUUGUUAACUCGUCGGCCAUUCUGCAACUGUGGGGGUACAAGAUGUUGCUGGUUCUUGUACCCGGGUUGGUCGAGAUUGACUUGCAGUCGGAUAGUAGCAGCACGCCGAACACUAAAGGGUUCACGAUCGAGCAAUUUAGGGAAAUUUUGCAGCAAACACACAGUGUAGUCGACGGGGUGUUAGCCGGUUUUAAGUUGGGAGAAGACAGCUGUCAAGUUACUCCGUUCACCGAUUCGUUUACGUAUACCUUCGCCUACUUGAUUCUGUGGGGAGUUUUGCUCCACUUGUGUGAGAAAUCGCCGCCCGAGCUUCGCUACCAAUACGCUGAUUGGCUACGAAACGAGAACUACCUGAAAAACUUGUUAAACAACUUAUUCAAACUAAUGCCAACGGAGAUUUUGCAUUACAGCGAAGGCAAAGCCAAAGCUUUCGCUAAACUCUUCCUCAAAGAGCCGACUUUGACGUUUACAGAGGCUUGCACCAGCGAACAACUUGAACACGUCGUCUGCUGGAUCUACGCUUUCUGUUUAUCGCAGCUGCCGGCUCUGGUGAGGCAGUGGUGGUCCGAAACCGAAACUAAAGUGUCUCAAAUCGUGGAAAAAGUCACUUCGUUUUACGUUUCGCCGCAGCUGUGUAGUCAAGAGUUGGCGGAUGUGGGGCACCGAGAAAACAAAUUCAAGAAUAUGACGAUCAAAAUUAUCCCGUCGGUGCGCGAAGUUGUGGCUAUUUAUACCGUCGACGAGGCGCAGAUGGAACUGGUGAUCACUCUACCUCAGAAUUAUCCUUUGGGGGGACCAGACGUUAGGUGUAGUCGACAGAUCGGGGGGCCGUCGCAUAAACAAUGGCUCAUGCAACUGAAGAAGUAUCUUUUACACCAGAAUGGGCGAAUUUGGGAUGGUUUGUCCCUUUGGAACAGCAGCUUAGACAAGAAGUUUGAUGGGGUGGAAGAGUGCUACAUUUGUUUUGCGGUGUUGCACCCAGGUACCUACCAGUUGCCAAAAUUAACGUGUCAAACUUGUAAGAAGAAGUUCCACUCAGGUUGUUUGUAUAAGUGGUUCAGCACAAGCAACAAGAGCUCCUGCCCUAUAUGUCGGAAUCUGUUCUAACCAGCGCAUAGAUUAUAUUUUAUUAUGUUACCGUAUUUUAAUAAAAAUUUUGUUGAUCA